AUGUCUCUGGAGGGUUCACUCUUCACAGCCCCAGAGGACAGCGGGGAUCCGGUCCUGAAUGUCUCCACAUGGGAGCAGCACCAGUACCAUAUCUGGCUCCCUGGCAUCGGGAUCGCUGCUGUCUACGGGAUCAUCAUUUUCGUGGGUCUGGUGGGGAAUGUCACGUUAAUGAGGACGUGUCUGAUGGUGAAGUCCAUGCGCACGGUGCCCAACUUGUUCCUAUCCAGCCUGGCUCUGGGGGACGUGCUGCUGCUGCUGACCUGCGCCCCGGUGGACGCCAGCCGGUACCUGGUGGACGAGUGGCUGUUUGGCCGCGUUGGAUGCAAACUGAUCCCGUUCAUCCAGCUCAGCUCGGUGGGAGUCUCCGUGUUCACCCUCACUGCUCUCUCCGCUGACCGGUACAGAGCUAUAGUCAGACCUCUGGACAUCCACAGGUCCAGCGCUACUCGGAGUAUCUGUCUCCGAGCGGGGGCUAUCUGGCUGCUCUCGAUGAGCCUGGCCAUCCCUGAGGCUGUGUUUUCCGACCUGCACACCUUCACCACCAGCCACACCAACGAGACAUUUGUGACCUGUGCCCCUUACCCCAGCGCGGGGGAGCUGCACCCCAAAAUCCACUCCACUGCCUUCUUCCUCAUCUUCUACAUCAUCCCACUCUUCACCAUAUCUGUUUACUACUGCUUCAUUGCUCACAGUCUGGUCAGGAGCUCCGUGGAAAUCCCUGCUGAAGGAAACCUGCACCUCCAGAAACAGAUCAAGUCCAGAAAGCGUCUGGCCAAAACGGUGCUGGUGUUUGUCGGCUUGUUUGCCGUCUGUUGGCUGCCAAGUCACGUGCUCUACCUGUACCGCUCCUACCACUACGACCUGGUGGACACCUCGCUGGGCCACUUCAUCGCCAGUGUGUGCGCUCGCAUUUUGGCUUUCACCAACUCCUGUGUGAACCCAUUUGCCCUCUACCUGAUGAGCAAAAGCUUCAGAAAACACUUCAACAAGCAGCUCCUGUGCUGCACUUCCCCCAGCCGCUUCAACAGUCAAAACAGUGGAAGCACCAACAUCACCACCGUCUGA